AGCCACUCCUAGAGAAAGUCAUCUUGGCCGCCGCCAUCCCCCACGCCCCCGUCUCCUUGCCCCUCAAUGCCACCCCGUCAUCACCCUUACUCAGGGUACGAUGCAGCAGGAGGUCAGGCCAGCGGCAGCGGCCCCAGAAGAGGCGGACCUGCAGGCAGAGGCGACAGAGGGAGAGGAGGUCAUCACUUCUCCGGUCCUGUUCACUCGGCACCUCCAGGGCAAGCAGGCUCGCCAUAUGGAUCCUCCCCGCCUUCUAGCGACAGCAGCUCGUACCCUCAGGUUCCUCAGACCUCUUCUACCGCUCCGUUGAGACUUGGCUUCGGUUCGCCUACUCGUCCUGGUCCGCCUCCUCCCUCUUCCUUGCCCCCUGCCCCCGGCCGGCCUCCCAUCCAUCUUGACGGCGGAUUUUCGCGACCGCCUAUCCACCUCGGAGGUAUGAGACCUCCCCCACCUGGACCUGGAGUACCACAUCAGUACCCGCCGCCCUCGCCGUCGCAGCCGCCCCACUACCCAUCCGGACCGCCGCCUCAUCCUCCUCCGCCCCAUAUGUCGCAACAACCUCAUCACCAGACAGGAGCAACGGGGAAUGAUUACGGUCAGAGGCGAUCAGUGUCCCAUGAUCCUUACGCAGUCAGUGACUAUAGCAAUCCGUAUACCCAGCCACAAGUAUCAGGCUACCCACCGAAUAGACCGCCGCCGCCAGGUCCUCCAACAGGUCCCCAGGGAACCUCGCCAUACCCUGCAUACCCUCCACAAGUAAACUUCAACAAUGUCGACGCUGCAAAUCGCGAACCCUCCUUCGGUGCAGAUCGAUCUCGCGGCGGGCCCGAUCGUCGGGCUGGUGCAGAACCCUACAACAGAGACGGAACCUUCCCACGGCAUCCACCUGGAGGGCCUGGAUCCAAAGAUCAGGACCCGCGGACGGCAGAUGAGAAGCCCUGCCGUACUCUCUUCAUCCGUAGCCUCGACAACUCUACUUCACCCGAAUCGAUACGACACCACUUCCUGCAAUUUGGGGAGAUUAAGACGUUUUUUGACAUGAUCGCCAAGAAGGGCAUGUGCUUCGUCACCUUCUUCGACCUCAGAGGAGCAGAAUGGGCCAAGAAUACCUGUCAUGGACAGGACUUUAACGGUCGGAGGAUGGACGUGCAUUACAGCUUGCCCAAGAACACGGAUACCUCCAAGAGGUGUGACCGGGAUCAAAAUCAGGGAACUCUCUUCAUGCUUCUCAAGCGACUGGCUCGAGCUCUGACCGACGACGAGUUCAAGGCGAUCUUUUCGAGCUUCGGCGAAGUCAAGAGUGUUCGCCGGUACAAGGAUCAGAAGAAUGCUCGCUUCCUCGAGUUUUACGAUUCGAGAGCAUGUAUAGCUGCUCACGACGGUAUGGGUGGGCAGCAGUAUACAGAUCCGGUCAGUGGUUCAGGGGGAGAGUGGGACGUCAAGUUCGCUUGGGACGCUCAGCAAAUUGGAAAGGGAAACGCAAAUGCAAAGGGUCCAGCGGGAGGACCUCCGCAAGCUACGAUGGCACCACCACCGGCACCUCCCUCCUCUGCUGGAGGGUGGUCACCGCCACCUUCGGGUCCGUACCAGCAAGGUGGUCCUCCGCCGAUGCGCCCACCCCCGCCUGGCAUGGGUCACGAAGCUCGUCCUCCCCCAUCCGGCCCUGGUAGUGGCCCUGGCCCAGGUCAGUACCAACCACCCGGCCCGGUACCCGGACCGUAUGGCUACAACGAUGCAGGUGCAGCAGGUCGUCCACCUCAUGCUGCUUCACCACCACAGGGUCCAGCACAAUGGGGACCCGCUCGCCCACCUUCUGCCCCUCCUAGCGCCCCUUCUGGUCCCGGAGGUAGCGCCAGUGGAGGAAGGGAAGAUUCUACAUCCCGUCUUGAGCAGGCGCAGAAAGUUCAGCAGCUCCUUGCAAGCCUAUCUUCUGGCAGCAGCAGCAGCAGCAGCGCUGGCAACAGUGCAACGCCGGCUGCAACUUCGUCUUGGCAGGGCGGUCAAGCCAGUGCGAGCGGGCCGUCGGAUGGUGGUACUGCCGGAAGUGGACAAUCUCUCCCGCCCAAUUUGGCUCAAUUGCUUGCUGGGGUGGGAGGUGUCAGUGGAGGACAACCGUCACAACAGCAGGGUGCUGAUCCACGGCGGAGUGGUGCAGGAUCAGGGACAGGUGGAGCCGGAGGAGGAGGAGGAGCGGCAGCAGCAGUAGGGGGAGGAAGCAAUCCUAGCAGCGGUAGUGGGGCUGGAGGAGGGAGCAGUAGUGCGGCCGAUGCGCAGCAGAGUAUUCAGCGAAUGUUGGCUAUGCUUGGGCAACAGCAAGGACAAUCGGGAAGUGGAAGUGGUGGAGGUGGUGCUGCUCCUCGCUGAGGAAAGCGAUGUAGCCACAUAGCAAAUGAUACACAAUAGCUGCUUCCGUCUUUCAUCCCAAAUGCCGUCUACUUGUGUUCUGAUGGAUGAUGCUGUGACUGUUGCUGUUGCUGUUGCUCUUGCCCGUCGGCUAGGAGCGGAAGCGGCAUUCCGCCGUGCAUCACUGAACCGGGAAGUGUGAAUGCGAUUGCGAUUGCGAUUGCGACUGGGAAUGCG